GCAGGUGGGAGCCCCCCGCAGUCGCUGCCCCCGCUGCGGCGUGAACCCCCAGGGUGCGGGCGGGCCCCGCGGGUCUCGGGGCGAAAGGGCUGCCCCGCCGCGGAGGCUGUGCGGGAGAACAGCUUCGCCCACCGGGGGGAAGACGAGCCUCCCGUGCUGCGUGUCCGCGCUAGAAUCCGCUCCGCCGUAAUUACCGCGCCCGCCCGGCCCGGCACAUCUCUGCCCAGCGUGAGCGCCCGGCCCGGGGACGCCCGCUGCGCGCUGGGGCGAUGUCGGCGGCGCUGUUCGGGCUGAAGGGGUCAGUCAGCCCUAGUGCCCGGCUGUGCCGCUUUCGGGAUGAACUUUGCCAGCCUCGUUAGGAGGGGCGUGCGAAGAGCUCCCUUGUGCAGCUGGACACAGUGUCUGUGCCACCUCCACAGAGCAGCUGAUCAUGCUGUGCUCUGGAGUGGCAAGAGCUCAGAAGACAUUUCCUGGCAUUUAAGUGCCCCUCCUGUUUGGUAGGGGGUGCUUCUUGCUGGAUAUCAGAGCAGGUCGGUGUGACGGGCGGAUAAAGGGCAGGAUGGCAGGCAAUAACCAGCUGUGCAUUCGACGCUGGACUACCAAGAACGUGGCCAAGUGGCUGAAGGAAGAAGGCUUCUGUGAAUACGUGGAUCUUUUGUGCAACAGACACAGGCUGGAUGGAAUUACCCUGCUGACACUUACUGAGUAUGACUUGCGAUCCCCUCCUCUGGAGAUCAAAAUCUUGGGGGAUAUCAAGAGGCUGAUGUUGUCCAUACGCAAACUGCAGAAGCAGCACAUUGACGUCCUGGAGGAGCUGGGUUACACCAGUGACAGUCAUGCUGGCACAGUGUGCCCAGCUGGUUCACCACAGGGGCCAGAUUGGUUUUGUAAUGGUGAAGUACCUCGGGACUAUGAUGGACCAAUUACUGACUUGAAUGGUGAUCAGUAUCAAUAUGCAAAUGGAAAAAACAAGCAUGCCACACGAAGACUGGACCCAGAGUACUGGAAGACAGUUUUAAGUUGUGUGUAUGUCUUCAUAGUGUUUGGCUUUACAUCAUUUGUCAUGGUGAUAGUACACGAGAGAGUACCUGACAUGCAAACAUAUCCACCUCUGCCAGACAUAUUUCUAGAUAGCGUCCCUAGGAUACCAUGGGCUUUUGCUAUGACUGAAGUAUGUGGUGUAAUUCUUUGCUACAUUUGGCUCUUGGUUCUUCUACUUCACAAACACAGAUCCAUCCUGCUGCGCAGGCUGUGCAGCCUCAUGGGGACAGUAUUUCUAUUACGCUGCAUUACAAUGUUUGUUACCUCACUCUCUGUGCCAGGACAGCACUUGCAGUGUACUGGAAAGUUGUAUGGCAAUGUUUGGGCCAAACUCCAGCGGGCAUUUGCAAUAUGGAGUGGCUUUGGAAUGACUCUGACUGGAGUGCAUACAUGUGGAGAUUAUAUGUUCAGUGGUCACACUGUCGUCCUGACCAUGCUCAACUUCUUUGUCACAGAAUAUACGCCAAGGAGCUGGAACUUCUUGCACACCUUGUCCUGGGUCCUGAACCUCUUUGGAAUCUUCUUCAUUUUGGCUGCACAUGAACAUUAUUCUAUAGAUGUCUUCAUUGCCUUUUACAUCACGACAAGGCUCUUUUUGUAUUACCAUACAUUGGCUAAUACUAGAGCAUAUCAUCAGAGUAGGAGGGCAAGAAUAUGGUUUCCAAUGUUUUCUUUUUUUGAAUGCAAUGUUAAUGGUACUGUCCCCAAUGAGUAUUGCUGGCCCUUUUCAAAACCUACUAUACUAAAAAGAUUAAUUGGUUGAAGACUGUGUGGGUCAGUUCAGAUUUUUAUGAAG